AUGGGUCGAGGCAAGAUUCCAAUCAAGAGAAUUGAAAACCAGACCACAAGGCAAGUGACCUUCUCCAAGCGCAGAGCAGGACUUCUAAAGAAGACUCAUGAGCUUUCAGUGCUUUGUGAUGCUCAGAUUGGCCUUAUUGUCUUCUCCAGCACUGGAAAGAUGUGCCAGUACUGCUCUGAGCCUUUGAGGAUGGAGCAAAUCAUAGAAAGAUACCAAAAGCUGACAGGGACCUGCAUUCCUGAGAAUGAUAGCAGGGAGCAACUAUUCAGUGAGCUUGCAGUGCUAAGAAAAGAAACUCGCCGUAUUCAACUAAAUAUGCGGCGCUACACUGGUGAAGAUAUGAGCUCCAUUCCAUUUGAGGAAUUGGGUGAACUUGAACAAGAACUAGAACGCUCGGUUGCCAAGGUUCGGGAUCGCAAGAAUGAGCUCAUGCAGCAGCAGCUGGAUAAUCUUCGCAGAAAGGAGCGAAUGUUGGAGGAGGAAAAUGGCAACUUAUAUCGUUGGAUUCAGGAGCACCGCGCAGCAUUAGAGUAUCAGCAAGGAACAACAAUAGAAGCAAAGGCAGUGGAGCAUCAGCAAGUUCUUGAUCAAUUCCCCUUUUGUGGAGAACCUAGCAGUGUGCUUCAGCUGGCAACCAUCCCUUCUCAGAUUCACUCAUACCAUCUCCAGCUUGGUCAGCCCAGCUUUCAUGGUUCUGGUGUUUAA